AAAGGCUCAAUCCUUUCAUCUUCUUCUCACUCCUCCUUUACCUUCAUAGAUCUCCCCUUACUUUCUUCGUUUUUUUGGAAGAUUCAGUCCGUCUCUUCAAUUCUACUGCCAAACCCCUAGAAAAAUCUAGUACUCUUAAUUGAGUCUUCAGAGGGAAGAAGAAGAAGAAGACGACGACUACUGGUAGCUCUGAAGUAAAAAAUCUUGACUGAUUUUGAAUACUCGUUCCUGUUCAGAUGAGUCGAAUCAAAACCGACUAUUUUCGAUGAAAUCCCUUGAUCCGUGAAGGAGUUAUAGAGUUGUUAUCUUGUUCAUAUGGACGAGGCAGGUGCACAAGUAGCUUCCCCAGUUGUCAUCCACCAAGCACUGGCACAAAGAUUUUGCAGUCCACGUCCAAUAGUGAAGAAACGGAGUGUGCCUUUUUACUCUUCUUGUUAUAUUAAUCAGAACCCUCCUGAUAAUUGGAAUCCGAAGUCCUGGGAUUGGGAUAGUUCAAGGUUUAUUGCUAGACCAUUGCAAUGUGAUGGAGACCAAGUGAAAAGAGGCUCACAGGUGCCACCAGACUUGUUAAGGAACAAUGAAGCACAGAAUAGUUCUUUACAUCCCUCAGAGCAUAAUCAAAUCGGAAAAGAUGAUGAUAAUCUUCUACUGAAGCUUGGAGGUGGAGAACAACAAGCCACGAGCAAUGGCAGCCAUGGUAGCAUGAAUUUAAUGGAAGAGACACAUCCUGUGUCAAGGCCCAGCAAGAGAGUGAGGUCUGGAUCACCUAGUACUGCUAACCGUCCUAUGUGUCAAGUAGAUGAUUGCACGGAAGAUCUCUGUACUGCCAAGGAUUAUCACCGGCGACACAAGGUGUGUGAGGUGCACAGCAAAGCUGGUAAAGCUUUAGUGGGAAGACAGAUGCAAAGGUUCUGCCAACAGUGCAGUAGGUUCCACCCACUUUCUGAAUUUGACGAUGGAAAGAGAAGCUGUAGGCGCAGACUUGCUGGACAUAAUAGAAGGAGGAGGAAAACUCAGCCAGAAGAUGCUACUCCACGGGUGCCAGUUCCCAGUGGUUCCCACAAUGAUAUCAACUGCGAAGUGGAUGUCAUCAAUUUACUGGCAGCACUAACUCGUCCACAAGGGAACCCAGAGGACAGGAAUGCUAAAGUCUCCUCUCUACCUGAUAAAGAUCAGCUUGUACAAAUUCUUAGUAAAAUAAAUUCCUUGCCAUUGCCGGCAAUCAUAGCAGCCAAGCUACCUCAUUUGAAUUCUACAAGUGGAAGUGUAUCUGAUCAUGCACAUUCUGAAAACCAGAACCAAAUGAGUGCAAAUGCUUCUUCCCCAUCGACCAUGGACUUACUUGCUGGUCUUUCAGGUGCUCCUGGAGUGCCUUCUGAUGCCUUGGAAAUACAAUCUCAACCAAGCAAAGAGAAAAGUGAGUUUGAAAAAAGUAAAUCACCCGAUGUUGACAAUGCCGCCCGUCUAGAUACACAAAAAGGUUCCGCUGGAGGUGAGUGGAGUAGUACAAGUUGCCAUAAUUCACCCAUGGAAGAAGUAGAUUGUCAUGUUCCAGAGACAUGUCCAAGUCUGCAUUUACAGUUGUUUAGUUCAUCACCUGAAGAUAAUAGUUCAAGGAAGUUGCCGUUAAAUGCAACCUACCCUUCAUCCAACAGUAGUAAUCCUUCCCAAGAUAUAUCACCCACAUCUUCACCACCUCUUGUGCGUGAUCUAUUUCCUAUGCGAACUUCAAGAGAAACUAUGAAGUGCAAUCAUUUUAUAAAUAGUGAAGAUGAACUUGCAUGUGCAAAAUCAACCAUGAGCAAUGGGUGCAGUACAUCACUUCGGCUUUUCAGUGGCUCAAUUCAGCCUCCUGAAAAUGCUUCGAUUCAAAGUUCUCCAUACCAAGCUGGUUAUGCAUCUUCUUCCGGAACUGAUCAUUCACCACCCAGUCUGAAUUCUGAUUCUCAGGAUCGCACUGGUCGAAUCAUUUUCAAACUAUUUGACAAGGAUCCCAGCCAUUUGCCUUGCUCUUUACGAACUCAGAUAUUCAAUUGGCUUUCUAACAGUCCAUCAGAAAUGGAGAGCUUUAUCAGGCCUGGUUGCAUAGUCCUCUCAUUGUAUUUAUCUAUGCCAUUGUAUGCCUGGGAUCAUAUAGAAGAAAACCUUUUUGACUGUGUCAGCUCUUUAGUAAAAGGUGCUGACGUAAGCUUCUGGGGAAAUGGAAGAUUUUUGGUUUGCACUGAGAGACAAAUGGCUUCCCAUAAAGAUGGGAAAAUCCGUCUCUACAAAACUUUGAAAGGCUUUGCUAUGCCAGAACUGGUUUCAGUGUCUCCUGUUGCGGUUGUUUCCGGGCAAGAGACCUCUCUUGUAUUGAGGGGGAGAGGUUUGACAAUCCAAGGGACCAAGGUACACUGCACACAUGCAGAUGGGUAUAAUAUAGAAGAAGUUUGCGCAUCAAUGUGCCAAGACGCUGCACGUGAUGAAAUAAUCUUGAGUGGCUUUAAGAUAGAUGGAACAAGUAACAUGCUUGGUCGCUGCUUUGUUGAGGUUGAAAAUAGUUUUAGAGGCACUACAUUCCCAGUAAUUAUAGCUGAUAAAACCAUCUGCUAUGAGUUGAGGCUCCUUGAGCCUCAUAUCAAUGGCAGUGCCGAAGUUGGUGGUGAUCACCUUGAGAGUACAGAAAGGUCUUGGUCGAGGGAAGAAGUCGUUCGUUUCUUGGAUGAACUUGGUUGGCUAUUUCAAAGAAAGAGAAACUCUACUUUGUAUGAGAUCCCAGAUUACAGGCUUAAUCGGUUCAAAUUUCUUCUUAUAUUCACUGUCGAGCAUGACUUUUGUGCUUUGGUAAAAACUCUCCUGGACAUCCUACUAGAACUAAACUUGGGGAGGAAAGGGUUAGUAAUGGAAUCUAUGACAAUGCUAUGGGAAAUUCACCCCUUGAACAGGGCAGUGAGAAGGAGGUGCAGGAGGAUGAUUGAUUUGCUGAUCCAUUACUCUGUUAUCGACCCUGAUGAUGCUUCUGAGAAGUACAUAUUCACACCUAACUUAGCCGGACCUGGUGGUCUCACACCCUUGCAUCUGGCUGCGUCUGCAACUUCCUCAGAAGACUUGAUCGAUGCCCUAAUAAGUGAUCCUCAGGAGGUUGGUCUGCAAAGCUGGAAUUCUGCUUUGGAUGUCAACGGAUUGUCUCCAUAUGCGUAUGCCUUGAUGAGGAACAAUCAUUCUUACAAUGAGCUUGUUGCGCGGAAAGUUGCAAAAAUGAGAAAUGGCGAGGUGUGUGUACCAAUUGAGAAUGAGAGGAACCCAUUGGAAGUAGAGGAGAAAGGAAGAUGCCCCAGGUGUGCAGUUGCAGGGUAUCGACUAGAAAGCAAAAGGUAUGGAGGCUCGCAAGGAUUGCUUCAACAACCUUACAUACAUUCAAUGCUCCUCGUUGCUGCUGUGUGUGUGUGUGUCUGUGUCUUCCUAAGAGGACACCCCUAUGUCGGCUGUGUAGUUCCAUUCGCUUGGGAGAACCUCGACUACGGCCCACGCUAACUCCGCACCUUCGUUGCGUUUUUCUUCCUUUUAACAUAUUUAUAAUUUAUUCAGAGAGUGAGAGUGAGAGUUGAAUGGUGGCACGUCGAUAAGUAAUGUACCUCUGAUAAAGAAUCAUAUAGUGUUUAUUCAAUUCAUUAUUAGUAUUA